AUGUCUCAUUAAGCAAGUUUAAGACAAAAGGAAAUUAUUCAGUAUGAAUUUAAUAGAAUUUUCUAAGAGUAAAAUAGUGAGGCUUCUCUUAAUUUUCCUUAGGUAGCUAAAUUAUUGAUUGAAAAAAACAAUAAAAAAAUUUUCGAAAAGAUAAAUAAAUUUAUCUCGAAAUAAUCAUAUUAGAAGAAUGAAUUCGAAGAUCUAAAAAUUGAAUUUACUAGAUAGGAAGUAUUUACCGUUUUAUUAAUGAUGUAUUUAAAUGCUUUUGAAAAAUAAAAUAAUUGUGAUAAUCGAUCAGGGUUUAAUUAAAUUAAUAUGGAAAGAAUAAAAUAGAGUAAUACAAUAUAGGCUUAAUAGAAACUUAAGUGUAUACAUUAAUAUUUUGUUAACUUUUAUGAGCAAGUUUUGAAUGAUGAAAUAAAAUUGGAAUCAAUUUAAACAAAAAUAUAAUAAUUAGAAUAUGAAAGAGAAGAAUUAGAUAAAAGAAUAAAAUAAUUAAAGGAUUGUUAGAAUGAUAUUAGAAAUAGCAUGAAUUAGAAAAAAAUUAAAGAAGAUGAAAUAAUUGAAUUUAUUAGAAGAGUUGACUAACGAGAAUUCGAUUAUAAAUUUACUGGUGAUUCAUGUUAAAUGUAUUUAAAUUAAGGAAAAUGUGAAGAUUUUUAAAAUUCAAUUCUUGUAAAUUUUGCUGACAAAAAUGUGGGUGGUUUGAGUUUAGAUGAUAAAAAUAUAGCUUAGGAAGAAGUAAAUAAUAAAUUUAUUUAGAUUUUAAUGCUAACUCAUCCUGAAGCUAUAAUUAGUAUGUUAUUUAUGAAACCUAUGGCUAAGGAUGAAGCUGUUUUGAUUAAAAAUGUUAUAAGAUUUAAUGAUUAUAUUGGAUAUGAAUCAACUUUUCGAUAUAAAGCUGAGAAAUAUUUUGAUUCAUAAAUAAUCGAGAACAAUAAGGAACCUAUAAAAAAUGAUAUUUUAGUAUAAAUAUUUAUUUAAAAUUAGUGUAUGGAUGCAUUAUAUUAUAGUGAUUGGAUAUCAUAAUUUGAAGAUAAAUUUAUUAAAAGAGAAUUAAAAAAAAGUUAUAUUGCAUUUUCCUUAGCUAUUGAUUAAUCAGAAAAGGAAAGUAUUUCAACUGGUAAAUGGGGUUGCGGUAUUUUUAAUGGAGAUUCUGAAUUGAAGUUUUUAAUAUAAUGGCUAACUUUUUCAAAAGCAUUAUAGAAGAAUCUCUAAAAAAAUAAAGAAAUAUAAGACAAUUUUAAUAAUCAAUAAAAUCUAAAUCAAAACACCUAAGAAUUUUUAAAAGGAAUGUAAAAAUAAGAUUACUAAUAAUAAUCACGAAUUCAUUAAUAAUAUUCAGAAAAUUAGAAUAGGAGAGACUAAAAUACAUAAAAUUAAUUACAAUUAGAUUAAUAAUAGUCAGACAAUUAGAAUAAUAGAUUUUUAUAUUUUAGCACGUUUGGUGAUGAAGGAUGUGAGCGUUUAAUUCGUAGAUACUUAAAUAAAAGAGAAUAAUUAGAAAAUAUUAAUUAAUUUAUCAUAAAUCUGUAAAAAGAUUGUAAGAAUAUGAAGUAUUGA